AUGACAUCAUUCCAUCCAGGUCCAGAUCACAAGGGUAUCGAGAUACCAUACAAGCUUCAAAAGGUUGCUUACUACAGAGAGAACACCCAGGUGUGGUUCAAGUAUACUCCAAAGGUCGUCAAGUCUGUUCUGAUCUUUGGUGUUGCCAUACCAUUGUUCUGGGUAUUCGCUACCAUUAAGCAAGAUGAGAACCAAGCACUUAACAAGACUCCAAGGAAACUAUAG